AUGGUGUCCGUUCUGGCUUUGUUACCGGCUGUGAUUGCCCUUCUGGGGGCAGCAAUCGUGGUUCCAUGGGACAAGACCAUCAGUACAGAACCCCUUCUGCGAAACACCACUGCGACUGAAAAUUGUGGACCAAUCGAUGACUCACAGUACAGCAGACGCACAGUUUAUUUUCCAUCGAAUGACCUGCAGCUGGAGGGCUGGCUUUACCUUCCCAAGGUACUGAUAGAUCCGUUUGGUGUUGAGGAGCGGCCACCCAUUGUGGUGCUGGCCCACGGAAUCGCUGGGCAGAAAGACAUGGGCUUGCACCCCUUUGCAGAGGUCUUUGCUCAGCGAGGCUUGGCUGUUUUGGUCUUUGACUACCGCAAUUUUGGUGGCUCUGAGGGAGAGCCUCGCAACUGGGUGUCCCCCAAGCGCCACCUUGAGGACUGGGAUGCAGCCCUGGACUAUGUCAGGAGCACGCUGGGUGCAGAGGUGGACGUGCGGCGCAUUGGCCUGUGGGGCACCUCAUUUGCUGGGGGCCAUGUGCUGGUCACAGCAGCAAAGGAGGGCAUCAACAUUUCAGCUGUGGUAUCCCAGGUGCCGCAUCUGAGCGGCUUCGAGGCUUCCAAGCGGAGUCUCAAGAACAGGGGCAUCCCACAGAGCGUGCGCCUGUUUCUGGCGGGCUUGCACGAUCGUGCGCGCGUAUUGGUGGGGCAGUCACCGGCAUACCUGAAGGUGGCUGGGCCCCCUGGAUCCAACUCCUUCAUGGAGCUACCUGAAGAGGAGAUGCAAUUCAAGCUUGAGGCCGGCUGUGUUGCAACGCAGGGCGGGUGGCAAAAUCGCAUCUUGGCAAGGCUUGCCAAUGAGCUGUCGCGGUACAAUCCCAUACACUAUGUACCUGAGGUGAAGGCGCCCGUCUUGCUGGUUGCCACGACGCGGGACGCACUCUGCCCCAUCUCUGUCGCGCAAAGAGCAGCAGAGCUCAACAGCAAUGUCCAGCUGUUUGAGAGAGACGUUGGUAAGUGCCUCAAGCCAUUGCAUGCCCAACUUUCUGCUGCUAAUUUGAAAGACAUGCCCUCUCAUUGUCGCUACCAUUUUCCCAGUGGGAUUUGCCAGGGGCCGGCAUGCUAA